GCUGGCGCAGGCGAUGCGGCCGCCAGCUGCGCGCUCCCAGGCGUGUGGCAGCGCUUCGUGUCCUGCCUCUACCGUGCUGGAAGCAUCCAGGGCGAGGAUGCUCUGGUCCGCGUGACCGGCGACGCCUUGCCGAAGAUCGUCCGCGUGCCGAGCCUGGCAGAGAAGGAAGCCAAGAAGAGCAAGCAGGUGAUCCUGAGCUACGAAGGCCACUACUUCGAGGUGACGGCAGAUGAGGCUGCCGUGGGCGUAAAGGAGCCAGGGGCCAGUGGCGAUGAAGCGCAGGAGGAGGAGCGCGACGCAGGCGACGGCAGAAUGCAGAAGGCGCCGAGGACAUCUUUCUGGCAGCGCUUUGGCAUUGCCCGUCUCUUCCGUGGGGCCCCGCCCGCCCGGACGCAGACUGACAAUGCGAAGAAGCGCAAGGGGCUGCAGCCCGGGAGCGCCGAGCCGCGGAGCCAACAAGAGAAGAAGAUCCGGGGCGCCGAU